AGAUUUUAGGGCCGCGAUGAAGCUCAGCACCGCCUUCGCUGGGGGCACACUAGGCACUGGGAUUGGAGCGCCAGCGCCGCGUCUCUAGGAGCUCUUGGUGCAUUUGCGUGGGCAUGGACGAGGGCGGGAACGCGACAACCAGGGGCAUUGCGGCGCUUCUCCCGCCCGCUUGCUACCUCUGCGACCUCCGCCACGAGGCGGCGGCGGCGGCGCCCCCUGCCGCCACCGCCGCUGUGUCCAAAUGGAGAAUGAAGGAUCGGAUGAAAACGGGAUGCGUCGCGCUUGUUCUGUGCCUCAACAUCGGCAUCGAUCCGCCGGAUGUUAUCAAGAUCAGCCCUUGUGCGCGGAUGGAGUGCUGGAUUGAGCCGUCGGCAAAGGCCAUUGAUGUGAUUGGGCAGACGCUGCAGUCGCAGUACAAGCGAUGGCAACCCAAGGCACUGUACAACCUUCGGCUCGACUCCACGGUUGACGAGGUGAAGAAACUGUGCGUGCAGUGCAGGGAAACGGCCAAGUCGGAAAGGGUCUUGUUCCAUUACAAUGGGCAUGGCGUGCCGAAACCAACAGCAAGCGGGGAGAUAUGGUUUUUCAACCAGAGCUACACGCAGUACAUCCCCCUCUCCGUGUAUGAGCUGGAUUCGUGGCUGGGCUCCCCAUCCAUUUACGUCUUUGAUUGUUCUGGUGCCGGAGCAAUCAUCAAGGCCUUCUGCGAGGUAGACCAAAAAGAAAAAAAAGAAACAAAAGAAACAAAAUAUUCGCUUGCUUGUCUUACCUGUCAACUUUUCCAGCGUCCAGACUUCACAGCAACGAAAAAUUGCAUUUUACUCGCUGCCUGUGGUGCAAACGAGCUCCUUCCUCAGAACCCCGUGUUUCCGGCGGACUUGUUCACAGCGUGUCUGACGACGCCUAUCAAAGUUGCUUUGAGAUGGUUCUGCUCCAGAUCGUUGCUGCGGGAUUCACUCCGCUUGGACCUCGUUGACAAGAUUCCUGGCCGACAGAUUGACCGAAAGACUCCACUCGGGGAACUGAAUUGGAUAUUCACGGCCGUCACCGACACCAUUGCCUGGAAUGUGCUUCCACCGGAACUUUUCCAGCGCUUGUUCCGGCAAGACCUUUUGGUUGCAAGUCUAUUUCGAAACUUUCUCCUUGCGGAGCGGAUUAUGAGGUCUGCCAACUGUGCACCUCAAUGUUAUCCGCGGCUGCCUCUCACUCAUCAGCAUCCAAUGUGGGACGCCUGGGAUAUGGCAGCAGAGUUCUGUUUGGCUCAGCUUCCGGCUCUGCUCGAUGAUCCGAAUGCGGAAUUCAAACCAAGUUCAUUCUUUGCGCAGCAGCUUUCUGCUUUCGAGGUGUGGCUUAGCUCGGGAUCAGAGAGGAAGCCGCCCCCGGAGCAGUUACCAAUUGUGCUUCAGGUUUUACUGAGCCAGUCGCAUCGGUUUCGGGCUCUGGUACUACUGGGGAGGUUUCUGGAUAUGGGACCUUGGGCAAUCGAUCUGGCUUUAUCCGUCGGUAUCUUCCCCUACGUCCUCAAGCUACUUCAAACGACGGCAACAGAACUUCGGCAGAUAUUGGUAUUUAUAUGGACGAAGAUCCUUGCCCUGGACAAGUCAUGCCAGGUCGAUCUGGUAAAGGACAAAGGUCAUUUGUACUUCAUCAGGUUUCUGGACAGCCCGGACUAUCUGGCAGAACAGCAAGCUAUGGCUGCUUUCGUUCUUUCCGUCAUUGUUGACGGGUAUCCUCGUGGGCAGCUUGCAUGCCACGAAGCGGGCGUGGUUUCAAUCCUUCUACGCCAUGUUCAAGCGGGCACUGAACUGGAAACGCAAGCGGAGCCUCUCUUUCUGCAAUGGGCGUGCUUAUGCCUCGGCAAGCUUUGGGAUGGUACAAGUGCAGCCCAGGCAUGUGCCUUCCGCGAGAAUGCCAUUAGUAGUUUGGCUCAACUCUUGAGUGAACCGCAACCCGAGGUCCGAGCGUCGGCUGUAUUCGCCCUGGGGACGUUGCUCUCUUCCUCAAAGAAUGAUGCGGCGGCAGAGGAUGAUAACGAAGACGAUAGACUCGUGAUCGAGCAGGACAUCGCAAAGGUUCUUUUGCGAGCGGUGGGUGAUGGGAGUCCUCUGGUCAGAGCUGAACUUGCCAUAGCUUUUGCGCACUUCGCUACCAACCAUCAUAAGUUUCUGAAUUCCGCGGCGGCUGCAUAUUUGAAGCCGCCUUCGAACCCUGCGCUGGCGGACCUCUCUUCCAGCAAGAGUCCUACAGGCAGCCUGAUUUGUCCGUCUCAAGUGCUACUGGUAGUUCGGUCACUUAGCCUGGACCAGAAAGCUCAACCGGAUGUGUCAGCAGCUGGCGGUGAGAAGCAAGAUGGUAGUAAUUCGUCGUCAGCUCCCUCGUCCGCCCCCUCGUCCGGGGCAUCGUCGCCGCUGGAUGGAUCCAGGCUUGUAGUGAACGGCUCCAACGGCAACGGCACUUUGAAGCUCAGGAGACCCCGCGCCGAGGACAAUAACAGCUUGUACUUGCGUUGCAUUGCAACUGCCUAUGCUUUGGCUCGGGAUACGUCGCCACAAGUAGCGGAGCUGGGUCAGAAGGUUUUGCACAUUAUAGGCGUUGGCUCCCUGCUCAACUCAUGGAAAGGCUCAGGCAAGCCGGGGCAUCACCGCAAUUCGUCUGUUCCGAGCAUUCAUCUUGGCGCGGGUGGCGGACUGACUCGCUCUACGUCGUGGGUUGAAACUAAUCUAGCAUCUCUGGUCGCGCCUCUAAGAAGUUCCGCGAGUCCUACCAGGCCGAGCUUUCUAAGCGUCAGCCCAAUGGGAAUGAGGAGGGUGCCGUCCCUUGAAUUUUCCCCAUCCUUAACUGCACGUGAGUCGACGAGACUGUCAUCACGUAUUCCGGGGGAAGCAAGCAGCGGCCUGACUCCUACAGUUCCCAAGGUCCACUCCAUGGCAGGAUUUGCGGAAGCCGGCUCCAUCCUUUCCGCUACGAACCAAACUUCCCAGCAAGACGUGCCUGCCUCCUCCCUCUACGACUGGAGCUGCGGCCACUUCUCAAGGCCACUGCUUGAGCCAACUCAGGACGAAGACGGUGACGCUCCUGCGUUGAGAUUAGCGCGCGAGAAGAAAGCAGUCGACGGGAUUUCAAAGUGCCAGCAUUUACAUGUAACCAAGCUAGGUGAUCCGAUCUGGGAUGGACAAUCGGACAAUUGUACGAGAGCAGUUGUCCUUCACCCAUUUGACCCCCUUAUUUGCGCCGCUGAUGACAAGGAGACUAUCAAGGUCUGGAACUACGAGGAGAAGGACGGAAGCGAAAUGAACUCUUUCGACAACCAUAGCUUCCCUGAACGCGGCGUUUCAAAACUCUGUUUCGUGAAUGAGCUCGAGCACAGUUUGCUGCUGGUGGCCUCAAGCGAUGGCAGUGUAAGGGUCUGGAAGGACUACGCUAUAAAGGGAAAGCAGCGCCUAGCGACGUCGUGGCAGGCACUUCAAGGCCCCAGGCCGGGCAACCGAGCUGCCAGUGCUGUCGUCGACUGGCAGCAAGCAACGGGUUACCUGUACGCAUCAGCUGGGGAGUCGUCGUCAAUUGUGGUCUGGGAUCUCGACCGAGAGCUGCUGGCAUGCACCAUACAAGCUCCAGGAGAGAGUGGCAUUUCAGCCAUGUCUGCAUCACAAUCUCCGUCGGGGGUUCUAGCUGUAGGCUGUUGUGACGGAGCUGUUCGCAUCUACGACAUACGAUCUCACAGCCCGCUCGUCUCUGGUAUGAGGCCACACGCGCACAGGGUGAUAGGAUUGGAGUUCCAGUCCGCGUCGAGCGCUCAGACGGUUGUAUCAGCAUCGCAGACUGGAGACGUGAAGUUUCUCGACCUCCGGUUUCCAUCGGCUGCGGCAUGGGGGUUUGGUGCUCACAGCCGUGGGCACUUGACGGCCCUCAGUGUUCAUCGCCAUGCACCGGUGAUUGCAACCGGCUCCAUGAACAACGGCAUUCGUGUGUUCAACCUGAGCGGGCAAGAGGUGAGCAGGAUUCGGUACUACAACAGCUUCUUGGCGGUCAAGAUUGGGGCGGUGAGCUGCCUUUCGUUUCAUCCAUACAGUGUCCAUCUUGCAGCUGCGGCGGCAGACUCCAUAGUGACAAUCUACUGCGGGGAGAGCGUCGAUACUAGAGAGCAGCAGCCCAGUUGACGUUGCGCAAUUGUACAUAUGAUAUGCGGGAAUAAAUCCAUAAACCCUAUGGAGGCUUGCUGGCA